CAGCUUCAAAUCGACUUUCCUGCUGUUUAUCUGAAGGUUUCAAGAAUUCCAGAGACUGAACCGCUGCACAUCCAGCUUCAAGUCAGGUUUAAGUGAAGAGGCGUAUUUUUAUGUGCUUAGGUGUGCAUCUGUGGCUGUGGUCUGCUCUGUUGUCACUUCCUGUGUCAAAGGCUGUCUGACUCAAAGAGAGACAGACACUGAAAGCAGAUGAAGAAGAGAUCAACUGGACUUUUCAGGUUUUCAAGAUGUCUGCAGAUAUUCUUGCUGCACCAGAUUUGAGCUUGAAUGCGAGAUGUAACAGAGAAGUCCAGCAGAACAGAAGAGAGGAAGAGGAGAACGAGGUGGAGAUCUUCGAGGAUGAAGAGCAUCUCGCUGAUGUUAGAUCACAAAAAGCCAGAGCUCACACUCCAAAGAAACCUGCAGCAGCCAAGAGAAGGUGUUUCACAGCCACUGCAGUGGCUGUAGGAGGGAUGUAUCUGCUCAUGUCAGCUGGAAUCUUCCUACGCUAUAUUUUAGUCACUUUAAAAAAAGACCAGCUGGAGGCCAGUUUCAACAAACUGAGCAACGACCACAUCCAACUCCAGGGAAACUACUCAGGCAUGGCAGUCAACAACAGUCAGCUGCAGAGCAGUUACCAAACCCUGAGUAAAAACUACAGUCAGCUACAGGAGGAGGUAAAGCGGCUGAAGGGCAUAAUUAAAGGCAGGAGGUGUCCUGACGGAUGGAAGAGAUUUGGAUGCAGCUGUUACUAUAAAUCCAGUUUGAAGAUGUCGUGGCAAAGAAGCAGAGAAGAGUGUCAGAGGUUCGGAGCAGAUCUGGUGGUUAUAAACACCAAAGAGGAGCAGAACUUUGUCUCUGAGCUGAAUGUAGAAGGAGAGUCCUGGAUUGGUCUUCGGCGACACAGGAAAACAUCCGGCUGGGACUGGGUCUGGGUCUGGGUGGACGGAUCACCGCUGACAGAAACGUUCUGGGCAUCAGAACUGCUGCACGAGUCAGAGUACGCAUCAUGCUGCACUCCACAAGGACGAUGGACACAAAGCAGACAUGAAAAGAACUUCAUAUGUGAAUGGUAGAUGUCAGAGGGAGGUGUGGUGCAUCCUGAGGGGUUGGAGGGUUGUCACUGUUAUUCUGUGUGUAUCUUGCACAUCUAAUCACUGUCUUCACCUGUUUCAUAGCCUUUAUGCAGGUGUAUGCAUGGCCUGUUUGUGUUUGCUGAAUACUGAAUCUGAUUUCCAGAUUAUCUCAGCUCUGUUUCUUGUUUAAUGCGCAGUAGUUUGACGGCUGCCAGGUGAC